AUGGCUCCCAAAAAGAAGGCCGGCAAGGGGGCCAAGGAACCCGAGGUCAAGAAGAAGAAGGGUGGGAAGGAGGAUCCCAGCCGGGCCAACAAGCCCAUGGAAAUGCCCAUGAGCAAGGAGAUCCGCGAGUUCUACCACAUCCAGAUCCGUGACCUGGAGGACAGGCUGGCCCGGUACCAGCAAAAGUGGGAUGAGCUGGCUGUGCAGGAGAAGCUGUUUCGCCAGGAGUUUGAGCAGCUGGCCAACAGCAAGAAGGAGAUCGUGGCCUUCCUCAAGCGCACGCUUAACCAGCGGGUGGAUGAGAUCACCGACCUCAAGGAGCAGCUCCAUAGCCUGCAGCUGGCCAAGGAGAUGGAGAAGGACGCCUUCGAGGCACAGCUAGCUCAGGUGCGCCACGAGUUCCAGGAGACCAAGGACCAGCUCACCACUGAGAACAUCAUCCUUGGGGGGAAGCUGGCAGCCCUGGAGGAGUUCCGGCUGCAGAAAGAGGAGCUCAUGGAGAAGUUCGUGUUGCUGGAGGACCAGCUGCGGAAGCAGGAGAACGAGUACAAGAACUACGUGCACAGCCUGGAGAAGAAGUCGGUGCUGGACAAGGACAGGUGGGCGGGCCGGAGCCGGGCCCUUACCGGGGCCGAGCACAGCCUGGCCCUCAGACCUCUGACAGCCCCGGCUUCUAACUGCGGGGGCCGCGCUGGCUCCUUGACGCCCCGACCCGCUGCUCCUUACAAUGCUGGCUGACGUA